CCCCCAGCGCCCCAGCGAGGGAUGCCCGCGUGCACAAUGGGGAACGAAGCCAGUUACCCCGAGGAGAUGUGCUCCCACUUCAGCCAGGACGAAAUUAAGAGGCUGGGCAAGCGGUUCAAGAAGCUGGACCUAGACUGCUCGGGCUCCCUGAGCGUGGACGAGUUCCUGUCUCUGCCCGAGCUGCAGCAGAACCCGCUGGUGCAGCGAGUGGUCGACGUCUUCGACACGGACGGCAACGGAGAGGUGGACUUCAGGGAGUUCAUCCUGGGGGCCUCCCAGUUCAGCGUCAGGGGGGACGAGGAGCAGAAGCUGAGGUUUGCCUUCAGCAUCUACGACAUGGAUAAAGACGGCUACAUCUCCAACGGGGAGCUGUUCCAGGUGCUGAAGAUGAUGGUCCGGGACAACCUGAAAGACUGGCAGUUACAGCAGCUGGUGGACAAGACCAUCAUCACCCUGGAUAGAGACGGGGACGGGAAGAUCUCCUUCGAGGAGUUCAGUGCUGUGGUCGGAGGCCUGGAGGUGCACAAGAAGCUGGUAGUAAUUGUGUGAGCUUUUCCGUUAAGAGCACCACCCACCAACCCUUACUUCCCUUUCUGUCCCUUUUGAGAUGGGCUCCAGGCAGCCCAGCAGCCCUCUCUCUGACUUACUUGGAAGUGCUUCUCUUUGUCAAGCCACGUUUUUCUAACACGAACCUCAUGACCAA